AUUAUUAAAAAUAAUUUCAAUUAAAAAAAAUAAUAGACGAGUAAGAAACAAUCGAACAUGAGCAAUCUUAAUGCACAUUCCAAUCAACAACCUUAAAACAACUCAAGUUGUUGGACGGAAACAAAUAAGAUUUGAUCAUCAUAUGAUUCUUGGUCCGAGAACCCACCAUUGAUGGCUGCAAAUUACGGAUCUUUGAGGCAGAGCUUCGUGGAACGAGGCAAGGAGAGAUUGCUCUCAAGAAAACAUAAUUCAGAGGUGGGAUUUAAUGAUCCAUACAUUGUCCGUGAGGGGUGUUUUCAUUGGAUUUUCCGAGUUGCGGGAGAGAGGAUUUCGAGAUUCUGGAAUAAUGUCAAGGGCACGACGGUUAAGUUGGUUGGAAUGGGAAAAUCCGACCCGAGAAAAGUGGUGUUUGCUGUCAAAAUGGGCGCUUCUUUGUCUCUGGUUUCGGUUCUCAUUUUUUUCAAAGAGCCCUCCAAUUUUAUUAGCCAAAAUUCAAUCUGGGCUAUUCUCACUGUUGUUGUUGUGUUUGAGUUUAGCAUUGGGGCUACCUUAAACAAAGGAUUUAAUCGUGCGUUAGGAACAUUCUCUGCUGGAGCAUUGGCUCUAGGUAUCGCAGAGUUGUCCGUGAAAGCUGGUGAAUUUCAUGAAUUUAUUGUUUUGAUCAACAUUUUCCUAGCAGGCUUUCUUGCUAGCUAUCUCAAGCUGUAUCCAGCCAUGAAGCAGUACGAGUAUGGCUUCCGCGUCUUCUUGUUGACAUUUUGUAUUGUGCUAGUGUCCGGAACUUCACAUUUUUUCCAAACAGCUGUCUCUCGACUGCUGCUUAUCGCUGUUGGGGCUGGUGUUUGUUUGGUCGUAAAUGUAUGUAUAUACCCCAUUUGGGCUGGAGAAGAUUUGCAUAAACUAGUUGUGAAAAAUUUCAAGGGCGUUGCUAGUUCUAUCGAAGGCUGUGUGAAUAUGUACCUGCAGUGUGUGGAAUACUCAAGAAUUCCCUCUAAAAUCUUGAUCUACCAGGCCUCGGACGAUCCAUUGUACAAGGGAUAUAGGGCUGCAGUUGAGUCGACUAGCCAAGAGGAGACGCUGUUGGGAUUCGCAGUUUGGGAGCCGCCUCAUGGCCGUUACAAGAUGUACAGAUAUCCAUGGAGCGAAUACGUGAGAGUGAGUGGUGCUCUAAGGCAUUGUGCAUUCAUGGUAAUGGCAAUGCAUGGAUGUAUACUGUCUGAAAUACAGGCAUCGUCCGAGUUAAGACAAGCAUUCAAGGAUGGGAUUCAUAAAGUUGGGACGGAGGGUGCUAAAGUGUUGAGAUUGCUCGGCGACAAAGUCGAAAAGAUGGAGAAACUAUCGGCUGGCGAUCCGCUGCAAGAGAUUCAUGAUGCAGCAGAGGAUUUGCAGAUGAUGAUCGAUCAAAAAUCGUAUCUUUUGGUGAAUGCACAGAACUGGGAUGGUGCAAAACCACCCGAAAAAGCCGUGGAUCAAGAGCUGCUUCAGGAGCUCAAAGACAACGAAGAGAGGCAUGUCGCGAUCAAUUCGCUAAGUGAUGGAGCUCAUUUGAGAUCGAUAAGGAACCACGAGCCCCAACACUCGAACAUGAGCAUGCAUCACUCGGUUUCGCAAUGGGGUUCCGGAGAGGACUUGCUCAGGCAGCAAUCUAUGUGGCCAUCGCGUCUCUCCAUUGUGGGUGAGACCCUCAUGAACGAGCGUGAGGUGCGGACUUAUGAGAGUGCAAGCGCUCUCUCUCUUGCGACUUUCACGUCUCUCUUGAUAGAAUUCGUUGCGAGACUGCAGAAUCUGGUUAACUCGUUCGAGGAGCUUAGUGCGAAAGCGAAGUUCAAGGAGCCUGUUGAUUCAGCUGAGACGAAGGAGGCCGUUGGAUUCUGGUCUCGUACGCUCAAGAUCAUGUGCUGCAAGGAUUGAUGCAAGGUUAGGUUUAAUCCAUAAACUCGUUUCUAUGCAAUAACGCGAUGCAUCAAGCUUGAUCAUAUGCCAAACACAAGCAGAAGGUCUGGUAUUUUGGUGUUACAGAAUAACAUGAUGUGAAUGAUUAGGAAGAAUCUGUUUGUUAGCCUAAAGAUAGAUCGUCUUUACACGUUGCAACGACUCAAACAUCGCGUCUUGCGUCAAGGAAUCUAGUACAGAACAGGAACAUGAUGGAUGAGUGUUGCUCGAGGAGCAAAGCUCUCAGAAACAGUCAAAUGUAGUCCUAUGUUUGUUACUAGUAAAACAUUCAUUCUUUUAUUUCUUGAAAACUAUGUAGCUGUCAUGUUAUAAUCUACUGAUUUCUUACAUGUUUAAUGAUAUCUUAAAUUAGUUAUAGCAGUAAGCUCA